UCAUCCACCCACCCUUAGGCCAUGCCCUACAUAAAUGCAUGACUGACUCUGUUCCAGUCAGUACUGACUCUGCAGCCGUGAGGAUCUGUGUCGUUGUGAAAACAUUGUGCAGUACUUUGGGAGCGUCCGUGCAUCUUGGAUCAGAACAUGGCCGCAAGAGCUUCAUCUCAUUUGAACGAAGAGGAGGGAGAGACUGAAUGUGGAGAGCAGGAUUUUCCACGUGCCUACAAGUGCAGCCAGUGUGACAAGGAGUUUCGUUACCCGAGCGUUCUGAAGCGACACAUGCAGACUCACACAGGCGAGAAACCGCACAGAUGUGAGGAGUGUGGGGGGCAGUUCACGGUGUUGGGUAGUCUGAAGACACACAUGCAGACUCAUCACACAGGUGAGAAACCCUACAGGUGUAAAGAGUGCAGUCUACAGUUCCUUUACCCAUGCCUUCUGAAGCGACACAUGCAGACUCACACAGGCGAGAAACCACACAGAUGUGAGGAGUGUGGGGGGCAGUUCACUGUGCUGGGUAGUCUGAAGACACACAUGCGGACUCACACAGGUGACAAACCGUACAGGUGUAAAGAGUGCAGUCAACAGUUCAGCAGGCUGGGUCCACUGAAGGAACACAUGCGAACUCACACAGGUGAGAGACCGUACAGGUGUGAGGAGUGCGGCAGCCAGUUUACUAGACUGACACAUCUAAAGAGGCACAUGCGGAUUCACACCGAUGAGAAAGAAUAUCAAUGUGAGGAAUGUAGCAGGUGGUUUAAUACAAUGUACAAUCUGGAGAAACACAUACGGACUCACACUGGCGAGAAACCAUACAGGUGUGAGGAAUGCAACGUGCAGUUCAGUCAGUCGGAUAUUCUGAAGACCCACAUGCGGACUCACACAGGUGAGAAACCGUACAAGUGUGAGGAGUGCGGCAGGCAAUGCAUCACGCUGAGUAAUCUGAAGAAGCACAUGCGGACUCACACUGGUGAGAAACCGUACAAGUGUGACGAGUGUAGCAGGCAGUUUACUCAGUUGUCAACUCUUAAGACACACAAGCGGACUCACACUGGUGAGAAACCGUACAAGUGUGACAAGUGUAGCAGGCAGUUUACUCAGUUGUCAAAUCUUAACAUACACAUGCGGACUCACCAUGAGAAACCAUGCAUAAUCGAUGUGAGAAGUGGAUUGGAGCAGACAGUUCAGUCAGCAGCUCAGUUUUGUUCGUAGUUUUGAGUAUCAUUUGAGUCAGUAGUGAGUUUUGUAGAUCCCUUUUAGCAAGGUGACCUCUUAUUAUUAUUAUUUACCUUUUUAAAAGUAAUGUACUCUCUGCAUGACUCCAUUGUAAAAUUUUAAAAUGCUCCGUAGCCCGAACUAGAAGUCGUGUGUAAAUGCGACUAUGAAUUGUUUAGACACUAGUUACAAUUGGUACUCUCUACAUGACUCCAAAUGUAAAAUCAUGAAUGCAUGCUUCUCAGCCCGUCAAU